AUGGCCAUGGUGAUGGAGGCCGUUAGAGAGGCAAUCAGCACUAGUGGGAACAUGGGGUGCAAAAGUCAAGCUUUGGCAGACACAAUGAUAAGCAACACUGUUGGCUUGCACCACUCACAUCUGCUUGCCUGGAGGGCUGAGCCACUGGUCUUCCUGAAGGUCAGCUGGCCCCUCUUCAACUACCCAGCCCUGGACUCCGAGGAAGCCGCCACCUACGAGGAGCUGGUCAAGGCCCUCAUGGACCACUUCGCUCCGAGACCGUCCAAGAUGGCAUUGCGCAUGGACUUCUUUCAUGGCCGACGUUUUCAGAAUUCCUCCCUACAAGCCUUUAGAAGGUAUACCUAUUCCAUGGCUUCUGGGCAUCUGCAGCCUACAGUGCAAGUGGCAAACUCAUUGGAGAUAGCAAAAGAGACGCCAAUACAGAAAGUCCCAAAUGCAAGCAAGAGUGCCAUAGAGUUCCUUUCACUCAUUGGAACAGAUGAGAUCCAGCCCUGCCUUUUUGAAGAGUCACUUGUUGCCGUCUCAGAGAAUGGCCAGAGAAUAGGAACAUUCUCCAUCUCGGUGAAGAGGUCCCGCUAUUCACUAGAUGAGGGGUAUGAAGAAGACUGCUACCUGGUCCAUGCAAGAAGCAAAGGGACUGUUGAUGGCGUGCCCUGCACAACCUCCAUUACAGGUUAUGUAACAAAGAAUCUAGAGACACUGGAGCAGCACACAGAGGAAAGCGUGAGGUUCAGGGAGCAUCCAGUGGAAACCAGAACCCAUGUGGUGAAACACCAAGGCCAGACUGUUGUGACAAAAACUAUUAUUGAAAGAGAUGAAGAGAUCCAUGUCAGCAGCUCUUCUUAUAAAUGUGAACUCCUCCAAGGCCUAGUCGCAGAAUCUGCCAACCUCCUGGUGUUGCGGGUGAUGGCCAGGAGGCAGGCUGUACCAGAGAAUGCCAUUUUCCUGUCGUUUGACAGUGACCAUCACGUCUGUACCUCCACCUAUAGGGCCUUGGGUUUCCAGAAACAGCAGGUAAAGAAGGAAGAGGUGGACGUGUUUGUGAUCGAGAGAGCCGUGCAUUCCAUAGAAGGGGUCCCUCUGGGCUGGCAGUUCUGCUUCCUGUCCGAUGGGCAUUUGUCCCGUCGUGUCCAGGUUGGGUCCCCAGUCAUCAUGUUGAUCGAGCAGGUGCCCAUUCUGAUUGAAAUAGAUAAACCAGACCCUCAUCCAAUCUUUGAGAAAAUACCCCUGGACUGGGAGGAGGAUAUGGAGUUGUACUCCCAAUUCUUAGAUAGAAAGGAAGAGUUGCAAGCAAGCCACGCCACCUAUGCACGGCGCCAUCCAGAGCUCAGUAACUUGCUGGCAGACUUCUUGCAGUUGUUGCUCCUUCGCAAGCCAGAUGAUGUGGUCACCUUUGCAGCUGAGUACUUUGCCCCCUUUUCAGUCCAGAACCCUCCAUGUCGGUCCUUUCAAUCAUCUGACAAGCCUAGUCCCUUUCGCAGCCAUGUCUGA